GCCAGUUGUAAUUUAUAGAUGCCCUAUUGUUAUAUUUCAAGCCAGUGUAAUUAUAGAUGCUAUUGUUAUAUUUCAGGCCAGUGUAAUUAUAGUUGCUAUUGUUAUAUUUCAGGCCAGUGUAAUUAUAGAUGCUAUUGUUAUAUUUCAGGCCAGUGUAAUUAUAGUUGCUAUUGUUAUAUUUCAGGCCAGUGCCAGUGUAAUUAUAGAUGCUAUUGUUAUAUUUCAGGCCAGUGUAAUUAUAGUUGCUAUUGUUAUAUUUCAGCCAGUGCCAGUGUCAUUAUGGGUGCUAUUAUUAUCUACAAACACAGUGAUGAAGUUAAUGGUUAGUUGUGUAUUCUCUGGUACUUCGUUGCUGAUCAACAAUUCUGUAGAACCAGAGCUUGCUGGCCAAGUGAAUGGUCUUUCUAUGACAAUUACAGCAAUAUUUAGGUCUUUAGCUCCAUUGGUAGGCGGUAUUCUGUAUUCAUGGACAGUCGGUUAUUCAUCAGAUGCUAUAGGACCACCGUUUGACGUCAGUUUUGUGUUUAUGUUGUUCGGCCCCGUCUACUGGAUUGUAGCCAUCAUUGGUGUUACCAUUCCCUCGAGGUUGAAUAGACAAAAAAAGUGAAAUGGACGUGUCUUGUCAAAUGAUGGACAUUUUUGUCAAAUGAUGGGCGUGUCUUAGUGACAUGAUGGCGUGUCUAGUCACAUGUACAGUAAGUGCAGGCAGUUGUACAUUCUAUUUGGGGAGAUAAGGUAUGUUUGAAAUCAAUGCAGAUUGGUGCAAAUUUUUUAAAUACACAUACAAGUGUUGUUCAUUUUGAUCGUCAUGUAUAGAAAUCCAUGGUGUAUAUA